AUGCUUGAACCAAGAUUGUGCAGCCAAACUGAACCUUGUUUAAGAGGUUCAUAUUCAAUUGUUAGCCCAAGAAUAAACUCUGCCAAAACUGUCCUACCAAGGAUUCCACCAACACAAUCAGAAUGUUCAUCUGGGGAUUGUUCUCUCAACAGUAGUGUUGGACAUGCUAGUCAUAUUCCUCGUGUUCCACCCAGCCCUGCAACUUACACAGUACCCUCAGUAAUGGAUAGGUCCACAAGGAGUGCUUUUGUAAGUGGCCAAGGUGACCUGUUUGGCAUGAUCAAACUGAGAGACAAUGAUGUUUGCUACACUAGUGGAAUUAUUGAGUGGGUGGGCAGGAAGAGAAAUUUCCCUUUAAACAGUGGAUUCAAAUUAAUGAAUGAUGAAUUUGAUACACAUUUGAAGAAAGUGAGGAAAUUGAAUGCUACUUUCAAUUGUGACUCACAAAGAGACAAGGAUUGUGAUUGUGCUGAUGUAUUGCCCACAGUUAAUGCCAUAGUUGAUCAUUUAAAUGCUCUCCAUGAAGCUGUAGAUCUUGUUGACCUGAGACUGAACACUUUAGAGGAUGUUGCGGGCAAGGAAAGAUGUGGAAAGUAA